UCACACUCUCUCUCAUCUCCAUUGGGCUGUUUGUGUAAAUUGAAGAUUACAUGCCUCUUUAAUCUCCCCUCACAUUUUUUAUUUUUUCUAUAAUUUUUUUUGAUAGCAUUCUUCCUCCACCACCACACCAACAGCAAGAGCCUCCCUUCUUUCAUCCUUUCAAUUUUUUUUUCACUGCUGGUUAUUUUUUUCCUUUGUUUUUUCCUCCCCAGAACCAUAAAUCCAAUAAAAAGCAUCCACAACCUACAUGGGGUGAUGGUGCUUUCUUUGUUUGCAUAUUCUCUCAGUUAGUCAUCCUCUGAUUUUCUGAUAGAUCGGCCUUUUUUCAUUUUCAUCCUACCUGCGAUUCAUAUAGAUUUACUCAAUGCAAGGGCAGAGAGGUACAAUUGGUUCCUUGCCUGAAACCUUCGAAUUUGAUUGUGGAUCUACAUCAAGUAAUACUACCGUUGAUCAGCAUAUUUUCUGGAAUAAUAUGCGGAAUCCUGCAGAAAAUCAAGUAUCUGAAUAUAUACUUUCCCCCGGUGAUAUAAACCCAUCUUACGUGAAUUCUAUAAACCAUGAGUGGCAGAACUUGACUGGAUGGAGCUUAGGUGAGCCAAGUUCCGUUAACGCACAGAAUGAAGUUAACAACAAUGAACAGAAAACAGAGCUAGGAUUAUCAUCCUCAAUAAGUACUGGUGCUAUAGCUGGUCCAAGACUAGAAGAAAGGCGCAAUGAACCAACCAAUACCUUUUCACUGGACAACGUCAAUACAAGUCCUAUUUAUAUGUGCAGUUCCAAUUCUCAUUUGGUGGCACAGAAUCUCAACUUAAAUGCAGGUUUAGCAGAUAGUGGCAGUAAUAAUACUCAUAAUGUUGAACAUCCUAACUUGCACAAGUCAAUUGGACCUGUAAAUGAGCAUAUUCCACCUACUAUUGGUUCUGGUCCAUUUCUUUUUCCUUCUGGGAGUAAUGGCUUUUUUGUUGAGGAUACUGAUGGUAGGGCGGGUUGUUCUCUAGACGCACGCCGUUUAUCUUGUAAAAGAAAGGCUGUUGAACGAAAUGUUGGACAAUCUUCAGACGGCGCAAGUUCUAGUUACAGUCAGCGUACAGAUGGUAGUGCUUGGAACAGUCUUCCAACUCAGGAUUAUGCAGGAAACAGUUUUAACAGAUCUGCCUCAGCAGAACAGUUAAAUGCAAGACUUGGCCUGAGUAUGGGGGAUGGAACCUCCGAAACCAUUCCUGACUCAAAUGUUACAGGAAGCUCAGAAAAUUUCCAGAGAAAUUUUCGUUUGAGGGUAAAUCCUUCAAGCCAACAAAUUCCAAUUCCUCCCACUGCGCACUCAAGCGGGAGUAUGAUUAGGAAUUCUGGUGUUUCUUCAUCCUCUCCAAUAUUGCAAAGGACUCAUCUUGUUGAUAAUUCUUUGGACUUGAGGUCAGCACCGCCAUUAGAUGCUAUGAUUUCUCAAAGUCAGCCCCUUCUAAUUCAUGUUCCUGCUUUAUCAAGGAAUAUGCAAUCAUUCAGGUGGAGUGGUGGUUCUAGCUCAACAAACAACCAUUCAUCGAACUCAGUUAUAUGUGCAAAUAGUAAUAAUCUACCACAUGAGGAAGCAAGCUCAAGAAUUAUGCCUAGAAACAUUUUAGAACACCCAGUGUUUGUACCGGCAACCAAUUUAAGAAAUUUGGCUCGAAAUCCAACAACUAGAGCUUUUAGUAGUGCUAAUUUAAGUAUUCCAGGAAAUGUUGCUUCUUCAUCGCGGAAUGGGUCAAAUUCAGCUAUUAAUCCAUCAUCUGCCUCUACGUGGGCUCCUCCUCCUAAUCCUCAGCAGUAUCCACGCAGGUUAUCUGAAUUUGUUCGUCGUUCCUUGUUUUCUCCUGGUUCUGAAGCUGGUGGAGGUCCAAGCAAUAAUUAUUCAUCCUUGCGUGGUCCUUCUACUUCAUCUGAAUUAAGGGGACUGUCAUCUGGGGUACACCCAGGACCAUCUUCUUGGAUGGAGAGGCAAGGUGAUAGUGAAUUUGGAAUUCCCUAUUCAUUACGAUCUUUGGCUGCUGCUGGUGAAGGAAGUAGUGGUAGACUUGUAUCUGAGCUCCGCAAUGUGUUGGGCCUCAUGCGUAGGGGUGGGAACCUGCGAUUUGAGGAUGUUAUGAUCCUUGAACAAUCAGUGUUCUCUGGAAUUGCUGAUAUUCAUGAUCGACACAGGGAUAUGCGACUUGAUGUUGAUAACAUGUCUUAUGAGGAGUUAUUGGCUCUGGAAGAGCGCAUUGGAAAUGUGAGUACUGGAUUGAGUGAGGAAACCAUAUUGAAACUUUUGAAACAGAAGAAGUAUUCAGUUGAAACAGGAUCUCAGCUUGAGGCAGAACCCUGCUGUGUUUGUCAGGAGGAAUAUAACGUCGGAGAUGAUAUUGGAUCGCUGGAUUGUGGGCAUGAUUACCAUACCGAAUGUAUUAUACAAUGGCUAAUGCAUAAGAAUCUGUGUCCCGUUUGUAAGACAACGGGCUUGGCAACAUGAGACUUGUCUCAAAUAUUCUAUCUUAGAAGACAAAGGUGUAGAUCAAGAAAAUUGGCACAAUUAGUCUGGAAAUUCUGCUUAAUUGAAGCUGAUUCUCUGGUGCUUUGAUGCCUAUUAAAUGGCCCUUAUGUAUUAGCAGAAUUUUUUAUUAUCAAUUUUGUCUAUUUAUCAAAGCCAAUGAUUUCCCAGUUAAGUUGACAGUUGAGAUUAUUGGUGUGGAUGAAGAAACAUUUCUUAAAACUAGUUGAUAAGGCUUGUUUUACAUUUAUGAAAUUUUUUU